AUGGCCAAGGCAAAAACAGAAACAGAAUCAAAGAUAAAAGCGAAAACGAAAGCGAAACCAAAGUCAUCAUCAAAAUCAAAACAAGUUGAUCCAUCAUCAACAGCAACAGAAUCACCCAAUCCUACAAUCGAUGAAUCAACUCUCAAUUCAGCUUUAUCAGCUUUACCUCUACCUCAAGAUGCACCAUCCACUUCAGAGGUGACUCCGAAACGAAAGACAACAACGAAAACAAAGUCUACGCCAAAGUCAACAACGAAAACAACCUCAAAGCCAAAAUCAGAAACACCAAAAACAGAACUAACCUCAACAUCAGCUCCAGCGUCAACUUUGGGUCCAAAAGAAGAGUCGAAUACAAAGACAGCGACAACGCCAAAAUCCACUUCGAAGCCAAAACCAAAACCAGCUUUGACAAAGUUGAAGCCAGAAUCACAACCGGAUUCAACACCGAUAUUAAGCGAAGAAGCAAUAAUUCAAUAUCAUUUACUCAAUCCUUCAUCAUCAUCGUCCUUUUCUCCUUUUUCAGAUCAAUCAUUAAGUAAGAAUAAGAAAAGGAAAUUGGAAACUCAUGAUGGAAAUUCGAAUCAAGAGAGUCUCAAUGGUAUUUCACGUGAAAAUGGAGAUGGAAAUGGAAAUGGUAGACGAAAAUUCUCGCAUCCAUUAGCUGUCAUUUGGUUAGAACCACCUUCUACUUCCACUUCCACUAUAAAUGGGACCAGCAAAAAAGCAAAGCGUAAAAGUGAAGGCAACGUCAAAAGUAAAGGGAACGGAAAAGGGAAAGGGAAGGGGGAAAAUGAAGAUCCAGAAAUAAAAAGAAUCUAUAUAUCAGAACGGAAUAUCAGAGUACCCGAACAAGCGAUAAACAUUCAAGAUACGGGCAAUUCAGCUGCUUUUUGGUUAGGUCAAGGUGAUGAUUCGUUUUCUGAACCCAUCAGCAUCAAUGAUAUCUCGUUGUCUGGUAUUGUAGGACCAAGUCAAAAGACUCAAAUCAACGGAAAUACUGAAAUGCAGCAAGAGGUCAAUUCAAAACUAAAACCAGAUGCGAAGCCUAAAAGAAUAAGAAAAUCAAGAGCUAAGCCAAAAGUUGAAAUACAACAACCUGAACCUGUUCCAGUCCCCAUUGCGCCUUCGAACCUCAGCCUCUCAUCGGAUUCAUCAUCUUCUUCCGGUUCACGUGCGGAGGCCUCAGCAUCUUCAUCACCCUCCUCGGACGGUUCUUCCUCCGAAUCAGCAGAGUCUUCCUCCUCAUCCUCGUCCACGUCUUCAUCGUCAUCAUCUUCGUCAUCAGAAGGUCACGAGGAACCGAUUUCAGCCCCUGCUCCAGCUCCUGUGCUACCUCCACCAAGUACGUCCACGCCGGUAGACAAGUCAAAUAAGAAGAAGAAGAGACUAUCGAAUUUACCGCCGUCUUCUCCAGCUCCAGCUUCAGCUUCAGCUUCAGCUUCAGUCCCUGCUCCUGUUCCUAUUCAUCCACCGGUACCAGUACAAGACACAAGCAUCUCCACUCCUACUCCUGGGGAAAAGAAGAAAAAGAGAGUAUCAGUGGGAGGAAAGAAAGGUCCGAAAUGGGUAACGGAAACUCCCAAGUCGAAAGUGUGA